UUACUUUAAAUAUCGCAUUAUGUUUGUUUAUUUAGUUAUUUUAUUGAUAAGUAGUAAUUCUAUUCAAGCGUGGGACAGUGAGCAAUUAGAAGUAUUCGAUGCCGUAGACGAAGUGAAGCAAAACUUUUACGAAUUAUUGAACAUAACAAAAGAUGCUUCGAAUUCGGAAAUCAAAUCGGCCUUCCGAACGUUAUCGCUCAAAUUACAUCCGGACAAAAAUAAAGAUGUCGACACCUCGGAUCAGUUCCGUAACUUGGUGACCGUUUACGAAAUCCUCAGAAGUUCCGCCAAAAGGAAAUAUUACGAUGAAGUGCUCGUCACCGGCCUGCCGAACUGGAAGUCCGGAUUGUUCUAUUACAGAUUCGUACGCAAAAUGGCCGUUACGGAAGUAUUACUGAUAUUGUUCGUUAUAGUGACUAUCGGACAAUAUCUAGUUAACUGGGGAAUUUACUUCGAAAGGGUAUUAACGUUGAACGACAUGAAAACGAGGAAGAAAAAAUCCAAGAAAAACAAAUCGGACGAUGAUAUGGAUUUCGUUAUACCGAAACCGUCUAUGUGGAAUACUCUUCCCGUACAAAUUCCACGGUUCAUCAUCUACAUAAUAGUUUCUAUACCAAGUUUAGUGGGCUUUCUGAAAUCGGCCGUUAAAGAGAAAAUCGAAGAAAUCAACAGACCUCCGACUCCGGAACCCGAACCGGAACCCGUACGAGUAAAAACCGCCCGAAAAAGGAACAAAUUCGUGGUUCCGGAGGGGCCCAAUUUCGACGUGCAAUACGUAGGCCCCGCCGGCGAAUCGGCCCCUUCAAGCACGUCCCCGCCAAUAUCGGGAGGACUGUGGACCGACGACGAUCUAGCCGAGUUGAUCCGAUUAGUGAAGAAAUUCCCGCCCGGGAUGACCGGCAGGUGGGAGAAAAUCGCCGAAUGUCUCAACAGAUCGGUCCCCGAAGUCACUUUCAUGGCCAACAGGAUGAAAGAGAACGCCUAUCGGUUGCCCACGGAACAGGAAGAGGAAGAACCGCAGGUGAAAGUCAAGCAGAAAACCAAGAAGGAAAUGGACGGAGCCAUGAGCGAGGGGGUGCUGAAGUGGAGCCAACAGCAACAGAAGCAUUUGGAGGAGGCGCUCGCUAAGUACCCCAAGGGGGCCGCGGAUCGGUGGGAUAGGAUAUCGGAAUUGGUACCGGGCAAGACUAAGGAGGAAUGCAUGUUGAGGUUCAGGUAUCUGGCCGAGGACCUGAAGAAGAGGAAAGAACAGUGCGAAAAGAGCGAAGAUAUUGAGGAGUCGACUAAUUAAUUGUAGAAAAUAAAAUGGUUACUUAAAAUCACGGUCGUAUAAAC